CUCACUAACGCUCCUGUAUUUAGCGGUUAGAUUCCAUGAAGUGAACAAUCUCAUUCACUUUCUCUGAUAUAUAUGCACGUGCUAAGGUGAGAAACCAGAACAAUGGCGACCUCUGCCUCUUCGUUUUCUUUCUCUAGCCUUUUGUGUGAAGAAGAUGAAGCUAGCAUUUUGAAGGUUGGUGAUGAGAAUUCUGGCAUGGACUGGAUGAACCCAUGUUCUGUUUUCGAGGAUGAAGAGGAGUACAUUGAGAUUUUGUUUAAAAGAGAAAUGGGGUUUGCACCCCCAAGUGAUGAUUGCUCAACAAGUGCUGCUAAAUGUCUCAAGAGUGCUCGUGUGGGUGCCAUUGACUGGAUUUUCAACACAGGGGCGAAAUUUGGGUUUAAAUCUCACACCAUUUACUUAUCAGUGACUUAUUUCGAUCAAUUCCUUUCAAGGCGAUCCAUUGAUGAAGCGAAAGAUUGGGCCUUUCAAUUAUUAUCGAUGGCAUGUUUAUCUUUGGCAGCGAAAAUGGAAGAGCAAAACGUACCAACUCUAUCUGAAUUACCGGGAAAAGAAUAUUGCUUUGAGAAUAAAGUGAUUAGGAAAAUGGAAUUACUAAUUUUGGAUUCCUUGGGAUGGAAAAUGGGAUCCGUGACUCCUUUUGCAUAUCUGCAGUACUUGGUCAAGAAAUUUUCCUUGGAAUCCAAGCCAGAAGCAAUAAUCUCAAGAGCUGUAGGCCAUAUUAUGGCAAUCGUGAAAGAUAUUAGUUUAACAGAUCAUCGUCCAUCUGUUAUUGCUUCUGCUGCCAUAUUAGCAGCUUCUGACGCUACAUUGACGAGACACAGUGUGGAUCUUUGUUUAAGCUCGAUAUCCUGGGGGUCCCUAGAAAGUGAACUUGUAUUUUCCUGUUACAAUCUAAUGCAGGAAAUAGAGAGAAGGAAAAUUAAGACUCCUGACUCAAAUUUGUUGUCAACACAUUCCAGCUUCACAGAUGUUUUGGAGAAUGCCUCUGUUCUUUCUUCUGGGACCAAGAGAAAACUCACUUUCCUAGAAAGCGGAACUGAAAGCUAUCCUGAACAAAAGAUACAUCGACCUUAGUUAUAGGAAGAUUAAUUGUUUUUUACUGAUUGGAUUAUAUGAUCUUUUUUCCACUGAAGAUUUUAUUCUUUCAUAGUUCAUAGGUCUGCUAAUGAGUGCCAACCACCAGUUCGUGGAAUGAUUUGGUAUUUGAUCAUUGGGGUUUUAUUUUCCACAUACCCUACUAAAGUGUCAACCAGUGACAACCAUGACAGAGGAAAAGAAGGUAAAUAAAUAAAGAAAAAAAAAGAAGAAGAGCAGAUAGAAUUAGCCUACCGUAAGAGGGAAGAAUGAAGGUGACUAAAAGUCCAAGAGCCAUAUGAGCUGUUUGAAGGCUAUUUUUCCACUGUGAUGCAGGGCAGUGUUUGUUUUCUUGAAUUGCUUAUUGCCACUUUUUCAACCGCAUUUAUUUAUUUAUUUAUUUUUGGCCUAAGCAUGUAAGCCAUGGUAGGACUGGGGCAAUCCUGCCCUAUGAGAGGGAGAUUGUGAUGUCUUUGAAAAGGCUGAAAGCCAGGAAGGAAGAAUGAGGCGUUAGGGUUUGAUUGAUUUGCUGUAUCUGAGAAGCACUUGGGGCGGGGCCAUUAAAGAAAGCUUGUAAAGUUGAGUGUGAUUUUGCUUGCUUGGGAAGUGAGAGGACCUUUUUUGAACAGGGCCGAGAAACUUUGCUUAAACUGUUUUUCUGUACCUUGAUUAUUGAUGCAUUAAUAUUACUAUAGCCCUGAAAA